GUUUGAAUGGAGCCUGGGAGGUUUUGAUACGUUUCUUCUUUGCGACAAUCUUGGAUUGGAUUGGAUAUAACAACACCUGUUGCGGGAUCGCAUAACGGAAGGAAAGGAUUGGAAUUGGACGGUGCGUCAUGAGCAUCCGCGCCGGAGCCAUGUCACCUGUUUCAGUGGAUGGCAGCGAAUGGUCUGGGAUCGGGCAGUACAAUAAGAUAGACCCGCCUUUCUCUCCAACUUUAUCGAGUCGCGGAAAUCUGUCGACACCUCCAGUAUCUGGUGGUCUUCCGGGACCCCCAAGCCUCAAUGGACCUCCACGAGGGAAUCCAUCUCCGCCGAGUUCAGUGGCUGCACGAUCGAGCGAUGGAACGUUGGCAGAUCAGCAGAGCAGACGAUACAGAAAGAUGGAGGAGUCCCUGGCGCAGCACUACAACACUCUGAGGCGGUUUCUUCAGGCGCCCUAUCGAGACGACAGGAGCCUGAAGCCCAACAAGGCUCGAGACAAGUUGUUGCGACUCUCCCCCACUCAAUUCCACGAACUCAGUACAGAUGUCUACGAUGAGCUGGUUCGACGACAGCAGGCCAUGCCUCCGCCUGGACGGUCACCCAGGCCGGACAUCCCUCCCUAUCUACUACCCAGGCAGGAAUUCCACGAAAAGCGAAACCAAGCGCGUCAGAAACUGGCUUCACUUCAACAGCAGCGGUUCAAGGACCUGGCCACGGACGUUUUCUGUGAACUAGAGCGGAGAUUUCCUCAGUUCGCGGGAGCCGACAUGCCUCGUAUGGGCAGUCCAGCCCCGAGUGUCCGGGGCGCGGGACGCGGUUAUCCUCCCUCCCGGCCUGGUUCUAACGGUUAUCCUCCCAACGGCUACCCAGGCGGACCGCGAGCACCGUCUCGUGGUCCAGGUCCUGGAAGGGGUUAUCCAUCAGGAGGUCCUCCCCCUGGUCGUUUCCCCCCUCGCCAAGGUUCUCUGGGUCCUGCUAGCGUGAACGGCGACAGUCCUGACGGGCCGCUUGCCAAGUCCUUCCAGAGUAACACCAUUGUUCCUAACAAGAGCACGUUGGUCGAAAGUGACGACGAUAUUGGUGGCUUAGAAGAUGAUUAUGACGCACGCAGUGAAGCAUUCGGAUUGGAUGGCGUUCUCCAGAGCAGCAGGCCAGGCACUGGCACAACAUUUGCAGAGAAAGACAAGAAGCUUUUGGCGGACAGCCAGUCUCAAGUGUCGUCGCUGCAGGAAAAAGUCGAUGAGCUGGAAGCGUUGGUCAAAGAAAAGGACGAGGAAAUUGCCAAGUUACGGGACGACCAGGACAGGUCUCAGAUAAACGACACUGCAAAGCAGGAGUGGGAGGAUGUCAGAGCGAAUCUGGAGAGCAAAGUCUCACAGGCAGAGUCGCUUAAUACAUCUCUGCAAUCGGAGCUUGAUAGGAUGCGCAUGGAACACGAGAGCAGAGAGCGAGACUUCCAGCUGCAACUGGAUGAGGCCUCCCGUGGAGGCUCAGGGGACAGUGAGCUGCGUGCGCAGUUCGAGGAACUCCAAAGAAAACAUCAGGCUCUCCAAGCUGAUAUGCAGGAGCAGCAGCAAGUUACGGAGGAGGUCAGACAGGAGGCAUCCAACUUCUUGAAGGAGAUGAAGGCGAUGUCAGAGCGCAGCAAUAUGAACUGGGAGAAAGAGGAACAACUGUCGCGGGAUGUGCACCGGCUUGAGGAGGAAGUCAAGGAGUGGAAGAACCGCUAUGCGAAGGCCAAGACCCAAUUACGGCAGCUACGAGCUUCGUCGGUUGUGAUCUCAGGCAUGCGUCCGGAUGCUGGGGUCCUGACCAAGCAGAAUGAGCUUAUCCAGGAAGAUGGCCUGGUCAAGGACAUCCAUGUGACGAGGUUUCAGAUGUCCAUUGACGAGCUCCUCCGUAUCGCUCGGUCUGGGGAGCCUGCACUGGUUCUUGAUCAGAUGAAGAGUGUUGUUGUUGCUGUCCGUCAUAUCACGCAGGACAUGGCAGCCGGCCAAGGUAAUGAACCGAGUCAGCUGCGUGGAAGGCUCAAGACGAAGGUCUCUGCGACGGCAAACAACCUGAUUACCGCCUCGAAGAACUAUGCUCAUGCUAAUGGCCUUUCGCCGGUCUCCUUGCUCGACGCAGCGGCAUCUCAUCUCUGUGCUGCAGUCGUAGAGCUUGUUCGAGCUGCCAAGAUUCGACCGACACCUGCGGACGAGCUGGAGGAAGCUGACGAUGACAAUAUCGCUCCGAUGCAAUCUCCAGGCUAUUUCAGUGUCGCGCCCAGCCAGAACCGGCUCAGCAACAAUGAUUCCGUCUACAGCGCCAUCAGCUCGCCUUCUGUGCGGUCCGUCAGAAACGCUGCUUCUCGCCGGCCCGGGUCACGCAAUGGCAUCCUGAACGGACAAGGUUUCCCAGCGAAGCUUUCGUAUGGCAUGAGAGCUCAAGAUACUGAUCUAGAGGAGCUUAAACUGCAUCUCGAGGAUCAGACCGAAGGCCUCGUGCAGUCCAUUCAGGCUCUAGUGGCCAGUAUUCGUGGUGAAGACAGCAUUGGUACCAUCCGCAGUCACAUCUCAGCCAUUUCCAACGUCGUCAACAACGUGGUUACCUCGACGGAUGAUGCCGCUCGCAAGCCCGGCGCCAACCCAGUCCUUCAAGAGCGCGCCGGUCCAAUCGUCCAGACUCUUGCCGAGUGCCGCAACCGCCUUUCUCGUACUGGCGCUGAAGGCGAGGAUGUCACCAACGCCGACCAACUGCGCGAAAUCACUAGCAAGCUGCCGCCCAUUGCAUUCGAGAUCGCGCGGGAGACCAAGGAGCUUGUGCAACGGGUCGACCAAAUCGACCUCAGUGCUAGCGAUGAGGACGACUUUCGAUGAGCGCGUCAGCUUCUUUUGCGCUGGCCAACCACUCACGGGAUCUACCCUGGGUUAAUCAUACCCCCUUCUCCGAUUUUCCUUCGCCCGCCUUUACUUUUUUCUCUCCACAUAUACCCAACGAGAAUGGACGAGAAUGCAAAUGACGUGCACGAAUCCAAUUGCGUAUAUGGAGUAUAUAAUCUCUUAUUCUUGCUUCUGUGUCCCUGGCGAUCCAGGUAUUAUUGUAUAUCCCCUUUUAUCCAUUCCCGUUCCAUCUCUACUUCUGAUUUUAUUACUGUUUUAUUCUACCACUACUUUUUGGAGGGCUGGACUUAUAAUCUUGGCUUUCCGCACAUGGCUCUUCGCAUCACCGGGCCCAUGGCCUAUGUCGUGUUCUAUUCAGCGUGAUCCUUUUUUCUUUUUCUUCUUA